AUGGCCCGGAUUCUCCACCCUUUGCGUACGCACUCCCCGCCCCGCACAGAAAUAAAAGCCUGCAAGAAUAGCAUGGUCAAGAAGGAUAAGAUAUCUCUGGCCGAAAACGCCAUGGACACCACGGACGCCGUCAUUGUCACCACCAGCAAAAAAGACAAGAGCAGCAGAAAAAAGAAGAACGGUGUGGCUGAAGAGGAGGCACUGACUGACUCGUCCGCGCAGUCGGCGUCCGUGGUGGAAGAGGACAGCCCAAACAAGAAACGCAAAAUUAAGGGUUCCCAGGAAGGGGCUGACGGGGCGGGGGGCGAGAAGAAAAAAAAGAAACGUGCCAAGCCGGAGGAAAGUGAUGCUGCAGUCAAGGACAGCGCCAAGAAGACCAAGAAAUGUAAGACACAAGCCUCCGAAACGGCGGAUGCGGACCCGAACGCCUUGUCCAAUUUCAAGAUCUCUCAGGCAACACGCACGCGGUUGGAGGCACGGGGCAUCAAGUCCCUUUUCCCGAUCCAAAGCAUGACGUUGCAAAAGAUUCUGGAUGGCUGCGAUCUCAUCGGCCGGGCGCGGACGGGAUGCGGGAAGACGCUGGCAUUCGCCUUGCCUGUGGUGGAACUAAUCGGAGAUGAGCGGGAGGAGCGAGGAGCACCGCCUAAAGUCCUGGUGUUGGCGCCGACGAGGGAAUUGGCCAAGCAGGUGGCGGAUGAAUUCGAAGCAUGUGCGCCGGCGACCCUGCGCUCCGUGUGCAUCUACGGCGGGGCUCCGUACCGCCCGCAAGAAGAAGCAUUGCGGCGUGGAGUUCAAGUAGUAGUGGGAACGCCAGGACGCAUCCUGGAUCACAUCGAGCGGGGCACGCUCAAGCUCUCGGGGCUGCGUUUCCUGAUCCUGGACGAGGCGGACUCCAUGCUCGACAUGGGCUUCAAAGACGACAUCCAGAAAGUAUGUGACGCCAUGGGCCAAGACAGCCACCAGCGUCGGCAAGUCCUGCUCUUCUCCGCCACCCUUCCACCCUGGGUCCAGAAGGUGGCACAGCAGUACAUGCGCAAGGACAAGCUGGUGCAAGUGGACCUGGUGCAGGGAGAGGACGCCAAGGCUUCCACGGACGUGCGCCACGUGGCCAUCCCCUGCCACUGGUCCUCCAUGCCCUCCACCGUAGCAGACUGCCUGGCCGUGUACGGGGGCAGCAACAAGGCUCGGACCAUCGUCUUUUGCGAGACCAAGAAGGAGUGCAACGAGCUGGUAGUGAACCCGGUGAUCAAGACCGAAUGCGCGGCUUUGCACGGGGACAUCCCCCAGGCCCAGCGCGAGACCACCCUCAAGGCCUUUCGGGAGGGGCGGGUCCGCGUCCUGGUGGCCACCGACGUGGCUGCCAGGGGCCUGGACAUGACCGUGGACCUGGUGGUGCAGAACAAACCGCCGGUCACCGCCUCCGGCCGCACGGAUGUGGAAACCUACGUGCACCGGUCGGGACGGACAGGCCGGGCCGGCCGCAAAGGGAUCUGUGUCACGCUCUUCUCCCCCAAGUACCGGUUCGCCGUCAAGGAGAUCGAGGGUGCGGUGGGGAACAAGUUCGAAUGGGCCGGUGCGCCCCAGCCCGCCGACAUCGUGGCGGCCUCGGCCCUGGCCGCCAUGGAGGACGUGGCCAACGUGGACGAUAAGGUCUUUCCGCUGUUUCAAGCGGCGGCCGCCAAGCUUGUGGAGGAGAUGGGGGCGGAAGAGGCCUUGGCCGCGGCCUUGGCCUGCCUCACGGGCCACACCAAGGAGCUCCGAUCCCGCUCCCUCCUUUCCAACUCGGACGACUACGUGACUUGCCAGUUCCAGGCCGAUCAGCCCAUUAUGAGUACGGGUUACGUAUGGACCGCGCUGCGCAACGCACUGCCCCAGGAGGUGACGGAGGACAUCCGGGGUAUGCAGCUGACCGCAGACAAUACGGGUGCCGUGUUUGACGUGCCGAGCAAGUACAUGAAAACUUCCAUGAAAAGGGCUGUGGAGGAGAACCCGUUUUUGACGGUCUGCAAGACGCUUCCGGAGAUCAAGCAACCGAGGGGGGUUGGGGGAGGCGGCUUCUCCAUGGGAGGGAGGGGAAGCGGGUUCGGUGGGAGGGCUGGGAGUGGCUUUGGCGGCCGAGGGAGGGGAGGAGGGUUUGGUGGGCGCGGCCGAGGAGGGGGCUUUGGAGGACGAGGGCGAGGCCGGGGGGGAGGAGGAGGACGUGGACGAUGGUAG